CACAAGUUGGGCAGUUAUCACGGACACUGAUGAUCCAGCUGCUGCUCGUGAGUCUGUGACUGAGUGACUGAGUGAGUGAGUGACUGUCUGUGAGAGCGUGAGUGACAUGGAAACAACUGGCGUCCACACUUAGAAGUGGACCCCGCCGUGGAGCUGACAGCGGGCGGAACCCACGGAGGAAACACGCCGAGCAAAACUUCUUCCCCCACGGCCGCACUCAUGUGAUUCCCCCUCCCGCUGCCGGAGCCAUGUCCAAGAGCCUGAAGAAGAGGAAGAACCACUGGACCAACAAAGUCCACGAGAGUGUGCUCUGCAGGAAUGAGGACGGGGAGCUGGGGCUGGAGCUGAGAGGCGGCGCGGAGAACGGACUCUUCCCCGUCAUUGGCGACCUUCUGCCGGACAGAGCGCCGUGCCACAGCGGCAAACUCUUCCAGGAUGAACUCCUGCUGGAAGUCAAUGAUACCCCGGUGGCUGGACUCACCACCAGGGACGUCCAUGCUGUGGUCAAACACAGCAAAGACCCAGUCCGACUCAAGUGUGUCAAACAAGGGGGCGUGAUAGACAAGGACCUGCGCCACUACCUCAACCUGCGCUUCCAGAAAGGCUCGGUGGACCACGAGCUGCAGCAGAUCAUCCGGGACAACCUCUACCUCCGCACCGUCCCCUGCACCACCAGGCGGCCGAAGGAAGGCGAGGUCCCGGGGGUGGAUUAUAACUUUGUGACCGUUGAGCGGUUUAUGGAACUGGAGAAAAGUGGAGCGCUGCUGGAGAGCGGAACAUAUGAAGACAACUUCUACGGCACGCCGAAGCCUCCGGCUGAGCCCAGCGCUCUGCUGCUAAAUGUGACAGACCAGCUGCUGCCGGGCGCCAGACCCAGUUCUGAGGGCAAGCGGAAACGCAACAAGUCGGUCAGCAACAUGGAGAAAGCCAGCGUCGAGCCCCCCGAGGAUGAGGAGGAGGAGAGAACCGUCGUCAACGGCAACGGCAUCGCUGUCACACCAGAGUCGAGCGAGCAUGAGGACAAGAGCGCGGACACUUCGGGGGACGGCGCCCCGCAGAGCGACCCGGCGGACGCUUCCUCUGAGACGCCACAGGACGACGGACAGUCCCCCAAGACCACCGUCCCCAAACCGGAGGACAGCGACGACCUAGGGACGCUGCCGGACAACUGGGAGAUGGCUUACACUGAGAAGGGAGAGGUCUACUUCAUCGACCACAACACCAAGACCACAUCGUGGCUGGACCCGAGGCUCGCCAAGAAGGCAAAGCCGCCCGAGGAAUGCAAAGAGGACGAGCUUCCAUAUGGCUGGGAGAAAAUCGAUGACCCCAUUUAUGGCAGCUACUAUGUGGAUCAUAUAAAUAGAAGGACCCAGUUUGAAAACCCAGUCCUGGAGGCAAAGAGAAGACUCGAGCAGCAGCAGCAGAUGCAAAGCCAGGGUCUGUCCUCACUGCCCCUUCCCACCAUCUACAGAGAGAAGUCGCUGUUCACGCGAGACCCCGCGCAGCUGAAAGGCAGCUUCUUAUCCACCGCGCUGCAGAAGAGCAACAUGGGCUUCGGCUUCACCAUAAUCGGAGGCGACGAGCCCGAUGAGUUCCUCCAGGUCAAGAGUGUCAUCCCCGACGGGCCGGCUGCAGCGGACGGGAAGAUGGCCACGGGUGAUGUCAUCGUGUACAUCAACGACGUGUGCGUCCUGGGAACCACGCACGCCGACGUGGUCAAGCUCUUCCAGUCGGUGCCCAUCGGUCAGAGCGUGACGCUGGUCCUGUGCCGCGGUUACCCUCUGCCCUACGACCCCGAGGACGCCGCCCACUCCAACAACACCACCACCAUCAUCUCCCCGCUGGGUAUCAUGGACCAGCGGCCCGUCAUGGUGAACGGCAGGAGCGGCUACGACGGCUACCUGGAGUAUCUGUCCCGCACGGCGCGCUUCGUCACGGACGCCGGUCAGGACCCGGUCAGCGUGCAGCAGCAGCUUCUUCCGCCUCACCCCGGCGACACCAACUUAGACGGCUCGCUCCCGCCCACCACCGGCACCACGCCCCCCGACAGCGUCUCCAUGGCGUCGUCGGGGGCGACGCAGGGCGAGCUGCUGACGCUCACCAUGGUGAAAGGGAUGGACGGCUUUGGCUUCACCAUCGCGGACAGCGCGGCGGGUCAGCGGGUCAAACAGGUGCUGGAGCCUCAGGGCUGCCCCGGCCUGUGCGAGGGCGACCUCAUCGUGGAGGUCAACAAGCAGCUGGUGCAGGGACUCACACACACACAGGUGGUGGAGCUGCUCAAGGACUGUGCCGUCGGAGCGGAGACCGGCCUGGUGGUUCAGAGAGGAGGGACAGGUCACUUUCCCACCUGGAAGAACCACAAACAGGUGCUGGAGCAGUGGGAGUUGCAGCAGGGCCAGAGCAGCCUGUCGGCCCCCAUUGUCGCGCACAGCGCCCCGUUCCCAACGCAGCGUCUUCACGGGGCCUCGGUCCCAGACUCGGCCUGCGAGGCCUCGGCCCCGGCUAAACCCGACCCCUUUGACCUUUUCGAGAAGUCCAGGUGUAUCUAUGAGAGUAGGCAACCUGGACCGAGGGCGGUUUUUCCUGCCGACUCCACAGGUAACGACAGAGCGGACGCGUCAGCUUUAGAAACACAGACUGUGCCUGAGCUCGUCAACAGGACUCUCCUGGUCUCGCUGUCUUCAGGAGCUGAGUUCCAGGACAUCGAGGUCUACCUGCGCAGACAGAAGUCCGGGUUCGGUUUCCGUGUGCUGGGCGGAGACGAGGCCGGGCAGCCUGUGAGUCCGGAGGCGCGUGAGAAGAUCCUGAUCGGAGCGAUCAUCGAGAAGAGUCCAGCCGACCUCGACGGGCGACUGCGACCCGGCGAUGAGCUGCUGUUCGUGGACGGAAUCCCGGUGAUGGGGAAGCCGCACCGAUACGUCAUCGACCUGAUGCACGGCGCCGCUCGCCACGGGCAGGUCAACCUGGUCAUCAGGAGGAGGACGCCGGCGGCAGGCGACUCCUGUCCGCAGAACGGCCGCAGCCCUGGCUCCGCCUCCACGCAGCACAGCUCGCCGCGCAGCGACUUCACCUACGGCAACAGCACCAGCGCCGCGCAGCCGCCGCCCAACGCCUGCGCCGGCAACGCCGCCGCCUCCUCAGACGGCACGUCGACGCCCAACGCUCAGCCCAGCGAUGUCGUCAUCAACCGUAAAGAGAGCGAAGGCUUCGGUUUCGUCAUCAUCAGUUCACUCAACCGGCCUGAGGCGGCCGCCGCUAACUCUGUGCCGCACAAGAUCGGACGCAUCAUCGAGGGCAGCCCGGCCGACCGCUGCGGGAAGCUGAAGGUGGGCGACAGGAUCCUGGCGGUGAACGCUCAGUCCAUCGUCAACAUGCCGCACGCCGACAUCGUCAAGCUGAUCAAGGACGCCGGCCUCAGCGUGACCCUGAGGAUCAUCCCGCAGGAAGAGAUCAGUGAACCUCCGUCAGCUCCCAGCUCAGAGAAGCACAGUCCUGUGACGCAGCAGCACAGCCCCAACACGCAGCCCAGCGCCGCCGCCGCCGCCGCAACCGCCGCCACCACCGCGCAGCCCAACACGACCACGACCACGACCACGGAGCCAAACUCGUCCGUCAGUCAACCCAACGCUGUCCAUCACAGUCCUGCCACGCAGCAACCCGCCCCCCCGCCUCAAACCUACACCCACGAGAGCAGUUACAGGUCAGAGGUGAAGGCGAGGCAGGACGUGAAACCAGACAUCCGACAGCCGCCGUUCACAGAUUACCGACAGCCGCCGGUGGAUUACCGUCACCCGCCUGUGGCCGACUACCGGCAGCCGCCGACGCUGGACUACAGACACCCGCCGCUGCUCGACUACAGACCGAUCACCGGCGACGGCAGACAGUUCAACAUCCCAGAAUACAGAAUGCCUCCAGUUCAACUCACGCAGGACUUUGACUUCUUCACCGUGGAGCUGGAGAAGAGUGUGAAGGGCUUCGGUUUCAGCAUCCGCGGAGGACGAGAGUACAAGAUGGAUCUGUUUGUCCUGCGGCUGGCGGAGGACGGACCGGCCAUUCGCAACGGGAGGAUGAGGGUUGGAGAUCAGAUCAUCGAGAUCAAUGGAGAGAGCACCCGGGACAUGACUCACUCCAGGGCCAUCGAGCUGAUCAAGUCGGGAGGGCGGCGUGUGCGUCUCCUGCUGAAGAGAGGAACGGGGCAGGUCCCAGAGUACGACAAUCCUGCCCCAUGGGAUGCUCGCCCUUCAGCCUCCCCAAGCCUGUCGGAAGUAGCUCCUCCCGUCGACAGCUUUUCCAUGCCAUCGCCUUCACCUCAUCUGGCCCCGCCCCCUGACCCGCCUCACCUGCUGCCUCUGGACGUCCCUUGGGACGCGGCGCCGCGAGACAGCAGGACGGAGCGUGCCAAGAGCCCCCAGAAGGCGGAGCUGCUAAAUGUAGAUCCCAUCAGCCGGGGGAGGAGAAGCUGCAGAGCGAAGCAAGAGGGUGGCAGGUCCACUCACCAGGGGUACAGGGUGCAGCCCACGACUGAGGGGGGCGGGGCCAAAGACGGACAGAGUGGGGAGCCCAAACUCUCCAGGAGCACCAGAGGGAGGUCCAAGGAGAGACAUCCGGGGGACAGCAGAGAAUCCAACCAUUCUCCGAGCUGCUCCAAGCUCCUGCACACUAACGGAAACAGCAGGGAAGAUGCGGAGCGUAAGUUCAGUGGCUGGCAGCAGCAGCAGCAGCAGGAGCCCGAGCAGAGCAAAGCCAAGGCCAGGGAACUGGACCGGGGCCUGGGAGAGAGUCGGCCUAGCCUGCCCAACAAGAGCACCAGCAGCAGCAGCAGCGGUGGCGGCAGCAUACCAGGGAGGAAGGCCACGGUCUCUCCCGGUCCCUGGAAGAUCCCCGGAUCUGACAAGCUGCCCAGCUCACUGCGCACGGGCGCGUCCACGCUGAGCAGAUAACACCGCAGCUCCCUGUGCUCCUUUAGCUCCUCCUCCUUCUCCCAAGGACGAGCGUCAGAACCUCGGGGGGGCGGGGGCAGUGUGAUCUGGACCUCGUGCUUUUAGAAUUUUAUUUAUGAUACUGUACUCUAAAUUAUUUUGAGAAAUAUUUGACACCCACCACCUUAAGAACUGGUUAAUCAUCCACUUUUUUGAGGAACAAAAAAAUGGAAGAGCAGUAGAAUGUGUGAGUGCUUUGUGACGGAGGAUAAAACUCGUUGGGGACAAACAUGCAAAUACAACAACGACAGGAACCAACCAGCUGUCCAUGUUGGACUUUUUUAUAUAUAUCUACAGAACGCAGUCUAUUUUAUGAAAAAGGAAUGUUACAAAAAAGAAGGUUUGCCUGUUUUUGACGAGAGCGAAUGGAACAAAGAGAUCGACAGAACUUUGCCUUAACAGAGACUGUGUGGGCCUCAAUCUGUCAGUCAUAGAUAUAUUAUAACCAGUAUGAAUAUGUGGGAUCAUUUUGUAAAUAAGAGAAAACACAAUCUUAUGGAGAGUCCAGUUGGAAAAGUGAGCAGAGCAGAACCACAUCGACGUCGCCCUCCUCCUCCUCUCCUGUGACUGCAGGUCAGGGUUCAGCUGCCCGACCUCAACCUCGACCCGACCUCGACCCGACCUCGACCCG